CUUACGUCUCACGCUUUAAAAACAAGCCACUCGUUCAUAUUAAUGUUUCGUUUGUGAGAUAUAUCCAAGCAAGAGAGAUUUCCUUUGAAACAAACAACACAAUGGCAACAAAACGAAUAUCGAAAGAGCUAAGGGAGUUGCAGAGAGACCCUCCAGUAUCAUGCAGUGCAGGUUAAGAGAAAACUUUUCAUCGUAGCUAUCUAAUGCACGUACACUUAUUAGCCAUGCAUCAAAGUAGAGAAAGAUUUGAUUCUUGUCUCUCUCUGUACUCUCCUUUUGUCUUUGGUUUGUUAGGUCCAAUAGGAGAAGAUAUGUUUCACUGGCAAGCUACGAUAAUGGGUCCGAACGACAGUCCAUACACUGGCGGUGUUUUCCUUGUCGAUAUCAAUUUCACUCAUGAUUAUCCUUUUAAACCUCCUAAGGUUGUAUUCAAAACCAAAGUGUUUCACCCAAACGUUAACAGCAAUGGAAACAUUUGUUUGGACAUUCUCAAAGACCAAUGGAGUCCUGCCCUUACAAUCUCUAAGGUGCUUCUCUCUGUGUGCUCUCUUCUUACAGACCCAAACCCUGACGAUCCUCUGGUUCCAGAGAUAGCUCACAUUUACAAAAACGAUAGGGUCAAGUACGAAGCCCUGGCUCGAAGCUGGACAAUGAAGUAUGCGCUGCACUAAAACUCAUGACUCCAAAGUAGUAACCCUUCUUCAUUCUGUUGCAAAAUGUCUACAACUUGUCUUUUUUCUUCUUCCUUUAAGUUUGGUCUUGUUAUAAGACACUAUAAAGUGGGAUACUAUUGGCGAGGUCUCUGUUUCUCCUUGCUUUGUUUUGUUUCUUUUUUUGACUAAAUGUUUCUCCUUGCUUUGUUUUAUGUUAAUUAGUGUCACUACUAUAUUUGAUAUCGGUUUUGAUU